AUGGAUUUGGCAUCUACCCAUACUGUAUUUUUCAAUACAGAUGCAUCAGAUGAUCAUGACUCUACUUUCCAGUUAUGCACAGACAAUGGGGGCGAAAACAAUGAAAACUGUUUACCAAUCUAUUGGGAAAAUUUGAGUGUACACGCAAUUAUUAAAAAAGACCGAUGGUUGCGCUCAAGCAUUACGACUAAAAAACUGUUGUUGAAUAAAGUCGAAGGAUAUAUACCACCGUCUUCACUUGUUGCCAUUAUGGGACCAAGCGGUGCAGGAAAAAGUACUUUGAUGACUGCUCUAGCUAAUAAACUUCCAGCUCAAAUGGAUUUUGAAGGAAGUGUUAAAAUAGGAAGUCUUUCUGUUAGAAAUUUUAAAAGUCACAAUUUUGGAUAUAUGUACCAACAAGACUUAUUCUGUGGAGUUUUAACCGUUAAAGAGCAUCUUACUUUCAUGGCUAAAUUGAAACUAGACAGGAGAACAACUGACAAAAAUCUUAAAGCUCGUGUACUGGCAGUUAUUAAAGAAUUAGGUCUUGGUCAAUGUGCAAAUACUAGAAUUGGGACUGGAGGAGAAAAUGGAAAGAUAUUGUUAUCGGGAGGCGAGAGAAAAAUUUUAUCGUUUGCAACUGAGCUCCUUACCGACCCAUCAUUUUUAUUCUGUGACGAACCUACUACAGGGUUAGAUUCAUACAGCGCUCAAAAAGUUAUUAAAAUUAUGCAACGAUUAGUGUCUGAUGAAAGGAAAACAGUCGUCUGUGUAAUUCACCAGCCCAGUACAGAGAUUUUAAAUGUAUUUAAUCAGUUAAUAUUAGUAACUGACGGAAGAAUUGCCUAUUCAGGACCGCCCAAUAAGGCUAUUUCAUUUUUUGAGAGUAUUGGUUAUCGUUGUCCCGAUAAUUAUAACUCAGCAGAUUUUAUUAUGAAAACAUUAUCAGAUAAUAAUAAAUCUGUAAAUUCAAUUUGUGAUGAAUUUGCAGCUAGUAAACACGCAGAAAUUGUAAAAAAUGCUAUUUCGAAUGAAAUAUACUAUGAUACAUCAAGUUUAUCUGUACUUCGAAAUCACUUAUCACCGUUUUGGCCAGUAAAACUGUACCAUUUGACAGGAAGAUAUCUUUUGGAGAAAAUCCGCAACCCCACUAUUGACAUUCACAGGUUUUUGCAAAAAGUUGCGAUAGCCGUUAUGGUUGGCCUUUGUUACUUGGGUACAGUUCAACAAACUCAAGUCGGCAUACAAUCGGUACAGGGCAUAUUUUUUAUGCUGAUCACAGAAAACUUCUUCACGCCCAUGUACUCGGUAAUGAAUCAAUUGCCCACUCAACUGCCCCUGUUCAGGAGAGAGUACACUUCGGGCCUUUACGAUGCCCCGACCUUCUACAUCGCCAACAUACUGUCCUUCAUCCCCACGUUGAUCAUCGAGCCCACGGUGUACACGACAAUCGUUUACUGCAUGGUCGGUAUGCAAACCGAUCUGUAUGGAUAUUUUCUCACGGUAAUCAUCACGAUUCUGGUAAUGGCCGUGUCCACUUCUUGUGGUUACAUGUUCAACAACAUUUUUGGGUCUUUGUCGCUGGCGUUAACAUUUGUCCAGCCGUUCGACAAUGUUAUCAUGAUGUUAUCCGGAAUAUUUGUGAACCUCAGGAGUGUACCAUGGUUUCUGCAUUGGGUAGUUAAGAUAUCAUGGUUUGAACUUGGAUUUGAAGCGCUUACUAUCCUUCACUGGCAAAACGUGACUUACAUUGCAUGCAGUGAAGAUCCAGAUGUACCGUGUUUGAUGGAUGGCAGUGAAGUUUUGGAUAAAUAUGAAUUUAAAGUAACUAAUCUGAUACCGCACAUUUAUACCAUGAUUUGGCUGUACAUUGGUUUUCACUUAAUAUCAAUUGUAUGCUUCGUGACUAGAGCUCAUAUGAACAAACUGUCAUAGAACGAGAAUGUAAAGAGAAGAGACGUUAAUAUUUUUUUUUUUAAUCAUAUUAUUUUUAUACCUGAGAA